AUGAACAUAUUGGGAUCGGCACUGACCAUCAACCAUUCUCGGCGAAUGUCAACUCCGAAACAAUACUUCGUUCCCUCACCAGAUGUGGUCACAUCAAUCGUCUUACCAACCAUACUGUUUUGUAUUGUUAUGGUGAUUGCAAUGCUGAUUGGUAUCAACAAAUGUAAACAGUGGGAAUUGGAUAAAAUCGUUGAGAUGCGACGAACCAGACGUGUUGUUCAACGCAUCACGAAUCGAUUGAGGGAGAAAAACUUCCACACUAUUCAACGUGCUCGUAGUAUGCGUCAACGUAAACGUGCGUUGAGUGCUCUGGAUGGCGAUAAUAACCAUAAUAACAACAAUCACGACAACAAUAACUGCAAUCGAAACAGACGAAGUGGUCAAGCGGUGAAUGGCUUAGCACCACCGUUCUACUCAACAAAUCCACCGUUCAAGAGUGGCACAUCACCGCCGCCCAGUUAUGAGGACGCCUUAUUGGAUCAGUAUUACUUGGAAUGUAUACCACCAAAUCUUAAUAGUAGUAAUAACAUUAAUAGUAACAACAAUCGUCUACAGCGUCAUUACGGUUCAACGGAAUGGAAAAUGCAUCGUUAA